AUGCGCACCCGUUCCAAGCCGCUCUCCCCGAGCUCCUACAUGUCGCUCGACGACAACCCCAUCACCACCCGCCGCCGCCGUACCACUCGAAGUGCCUCUGCCCAGCCACAGGAGCCACAGGUCUCCCAGUCUGGCGAGUCUGCCCCUGCUCCUAAGACACCAAAGGCUCGUGGUCGAAAGAAAGGCUCUACCAAGGUUGCCAAGGGCAAAAAGAAGCCCGGCCGUCCGUCAGCCAGAGAAGCUGGCGAGAUCGAACACCAAGAUGCUGCUUUGACCGGCGAAUCUGCUGUCAAUGGUGGGCCGACAGGCCAACCUCAGGACGCGGAAGUGGAGGCCCUCGAGGCCGCUGUCAAUUCGUUUGAACAGCCCACUUCCGUGCUCCCUUCCGUCGAAACAAACGACGGCGACGAGAUUCCCGACACUGCCGCCAAUAGUGAGUUGAACUUUCUUUCUCGAGAUUCUCCCAACGGAUCUGUGCUUUCCCGAUCCCCUUCCGUUGGAGUGCCCGUUUCUCUACCCCAUGGACUCACCCCCGAGCGACUGUCUCCUCUUCGUAUCCCCUCCUCCCCUGAUGCACCGCUUCCGGCUCCCUUUUUGUUUAUCGAGGAGCUUUAUUCCUUUGAAAUGCCGGCAGCUGUUGCUCCAUCGACUGGGGAAUCAUACCCCGCCACUUUCUACUCCCUGGACACUUCGUUCUCCGAUUCAGUCAUGGUUUCCGACUCUCCUGCAAUUCGGCCCCUCCAACUGGAGCGCGGUUCCUCGGAACUGCAGCGUAUACCCCGGCUUCGCCUCGUACCAGGGGCUCCCUGGUUCCAUGGGUUCGCUGCAGGCCGGGAUCCUGCGCCUGGGCCUUUCCUUUUGCCCCAGGAAACCACUCAUCGGGUGUCGGAACGAGGCUCAAGUCCCGACGGUUCUGAUAUCCAUCCGCUGGAGCUACAGCAUGGAUCAGCCGGGCUUGAGCCUCGUUCUGACGAGCAUGUGGCUCCUUCUGGUAGCCCACAUGUCUCGACCCACCGAGUGGUUCCUGGGCACAAAGGUGUCAGGUCUUGUCUUUCUCGGGCCCUGCGAAAAGUUGCUUCUCUCUUGACACCUUCCCGUCGCUCCCGAAGCCCAGUUGCUGAGGAAGAAUUCGAAUGGCGAUAUUCCAACCUGGACCAAAUGCUGAUCAAAGCUCCAUCCCGUACAGGUACAAAAUGGGGCCCCAUCGGACCGAAACGCCAAUAUCGCAAGGACAAACAACCAGCCUACCACAUCAUGAGCCCUUCGAAUAGUCCCUCGAACCACAACCGGGUAGAAAAGGCCUUCAAGACUACCCCGAUUCGCCGAACCCGAUCAUCUUACGCCGCUAUCUCUCGUCGUCGUCGCACUGAGGCCAGCGGUCGUAUCGACCGGACUUUGUACCGCCUACCCGAGCUUUUGUCCCAGCACGAAAGUGAUGGAGAUGUGCCUAUGACUGCUAACCCAACAACCCCCCAGACCGCACAUUUUGGUCCUCCCAUGACCGCGCCUGCAGCUCGUACUGCUCAUUUGAACCAGGAUGCCUUUACGACAGAGAACAUUCCGACAGCCGGUGCAGAGUCCCUUACAGAGAACCCGCCUGCUUCUCCUGGUAUCGUGAGAUGGGCAUUCAACAAUAUCUCUCGACGAUGGACGAAUAUUCGUGAUCGAUAUGCCGGCAAUCAGCCGACUGAGGCACAAAGCCCUGGUAAGUAA